AUGUCGCAGGUAGCCACAGCAAAGAAGUACAAAUGCUGCACGCGAUGUCGCUCAUUCAAAUUGCGGUGUGAUCACGACCCUUUGUCAAACCCAGUGGUGUGUAAGACAUGCCAGGCAAAGGGUUUGGAGUGUGUGUUCGAAGACAAGAUCAACGAGAAACAGAUGAUACAGACGAUUAAUACCAAGCUAGAAAGAAUCGAUAAUAUAGUUGGCAAGUUGGUGAGCCAUCUUUCCAAGGGUGGAGCCAAGGUGUCCAAAGAGAGCAUAAUACAAAGUCUCACACAAGGGCUAGAAUUUAGUCCGAACCAGUUCUCGCCCUCAAAAGUGACCACCAUGUCGUCGCCUGAGCUCGAAAUCACUCCCAACAAACGAAAGUCGUCUUUUGACUCCGACAGGAAAGAUACCAAGAAGCCAAACCCAAACAAGAAGCUCACCAAAAAGACAGAACAGAUGUUGCUUGACUUUUUCACCAACAACAUAUCGCGAUAUUUGCCUGUUCUCAUAUUCGAGGAUAUGCCGAAGCCGACCUCUAAAUUGCGGAAAGAUUCUCCACUGCUGUUCUUUUCAACGCUAUCCGUUGCCUCUCUGUACCACACAGACCACAGAGACCUGCAUGAGACUUUCAGUGCCAAAUUUGAAGACCUGGCACGAAAGCUAGAUCCAAGCAGCCUUAAUGAAUCUGUUAAGGAUGAGGCUUUGAAACGGGUGCUUGACGAUGUUUUGGGACUGGUGAUAGCCGGGGCUUGGUUGGGUACCGAGUUCGGGUUCAGGAUGAGUCUUUUAGCCGGAGACAUUCUGGGAAGAUUGCUACCGGAGGUUUCUCAGGAACUGGACAUGCCAGACAGUCUGAAGAAGUACUUCUGCUCAGUUGGGGUUGGCAGCUAUAUCGUGGAACAACGUUUGCGAAUCAUUCACAACCGACCCAUCAUGCCUGCUUCCAAGAGCGUGGAGUAUCGCGCACGGCGAGACGCUUACCUGCCUUAUUUUCUGACUGCUAACUCCAAAGAGAGUUCUAUAACUCACAAAUUGAGUCCCAGUGAACUCAAGGCCAAUGCCAAUGUCGAACUGUGCACGAUCAUUAUGUCUUACCAACAGCAACUAACACUAAACGGGAUAAACUCUGGUACAUUGAUCUUGUGGAACGAAAGACUGAACUCUUGGCUUGCUGAUUGGCUUGGAAAAGUUGUCACAAGUCUACGUCCUUCCAGUUACAAACCGCUUUUGCUGACUUUUCACUUUGCCAAACUGUUUUUGAACUCAAGAGUCAUCCAGAGCACCUCGUUAAUGCAUGAAAACCCGGCUGCCUACUCGAGUAUUAUAGCGCUUGCCCAGAACUCAGCCGUCGAUAUUCUGGAGAUGCUAAUCAAUGAUUCAGACAUGAAGCGACUCAUCAGUGUGAGUCCUGUGUUCUACCCUACCACUUUCUCUACGGCUGCUGCAUUUUUGCUCAAGCUCUUGAAGGAAGCACCCCAGAUCAAUCAUCGCGUUAACGCCCCGUUCAUCCUGGAUAUGAUUGGGAAGACCUACCAUCUUCUCAAUGAAGUAAUUGAUUCCCCAGUUCUUCCGUGCUUUGAAACGGUCACGAAUUUGGGUAUCUGGUUUGAAAAGGUGAGCUCUAGCCUACGUGAGACUCAGUAUAGUGAGGUAUAUCGUGGUUCCAAUGGGCCUGAUCAGGCUCCCAAGGGCCGUGAGCCUGUUUUUGUCCCGCCUUUAACAAAGGCUCGUGAGCAGACACCAGGCUUUGACAGGCCCUAUUUCAACAUGACCCUUUCCAAAAGCAUGGAAGGUGAUAACGAUUUCUCCAGAACAGUGAUUGGACAAUACCAGCCCCUCUCAACACCCAUGUUGACUGCUACUAGUAUGGAGAUGCCGGUGUUUGCAGUUGGCGAUCACGAGUCUGUUGGUGUUGGUGUUGAUGUGGAGGCUGAUGAUAUUUACGGUAAUGUGUGGAGUUUCGAUAACAAUGAUCCGAACUUUUUAGUGGAUGCGCAGGGAGCGAGUAUAUUGGAUUCGUUGAUGGAGGACAUGCCUUUGCCAUUGUGA